AUGAGGACGAACAUGAUCACGAGCCUGCUGGCUUUGACAGCCAUCCUUCCGUUUGGUUUCUCACAAAUUCCACCCGAGCCCGAAGGCGUGACUGUGUUGCAAUCGAAAUUUGGUGACGGUGUGGAGAUCAGCUACAAACAAACCGACAUCUGCGAAACGACACCGGGAGGCAAGGCGUACUCUGGCUACGUCCACCUGCCACCUGGAGCACUAGCAGAUCUUGGGGAGCAGACUGACUACCCCAUCAACACUUUUUUCUGGUUUUUCGAAGCUCGCAAUGAUCCGGAGAACGCACCGCUGGCUAUAUGGAUGAAUGGCGGGCCCGGAAGCUCAUCGCUAUUGGGCUUGUUCGUCGAGAAUGGACCAUGUUAUGUCAACGAAGAUUCGAACUCGACGAGACUUAGCGAGUGGAGUUGGAACAAUGAAGGUGGGAACGAGCACUUCCAGAGACGAGAUAACGUGCUGACAGAUGUUCAGUGA